AUGGCGUGGAAUCAACUUGCGGCCGAACUAUGGACCAAGAUUGCGGACAAUUGUGAUAGAGAUGGAGUCCGUGCCCUUUGCGCCCCUGAAAUUCCCGCGCACAUUCGGGACAGUGCUCGUGUCGUAUAUUUCAGGCAUCUGAGCUUCGGGACAUACAACCUUACAGCUGAUAUUGGCCUUAGCAAUGCCAAUGAGGAUCAAUACCGAAGCUCCCUGAUUGCAUUGAAGCAAGAACGCUCACGUCAAAGGUUUACCGAGCUUCCGUUGACGCCUUUUGUACGCCACGUUCGUUCUUGGACCUAUCAUUCAAUUUUACCUGGACUUCGUGCUACUGACGCAGUGGGAAUGUACAAUGGCACAUUGUGGCCGCUGUUCAUAGUAAAUCUUCCCCGUUAUAUUGGAUUGACAAGACUUGACUUGGAAAGAGUUGUCAUCGACGAUGCGGCUGUUGCAUCUGUGAAUGCGUUGGGGAAUCUCAAAGAUUUGAAGCUCAACUACGUCCUUGUUACCAGUAGAACCAAUGUGUUGCAUGCCCACAACUAUUUAACUCGUCUGUUCUACGAGGACGACAGCUACAGUUUCUACCCCAGUUUAUUCCUAGGAGUGUGCUCUACCCUUACCAUUUUGGAGCUUGCGGUCACUAAAGAUGAGUACCGCAAGCUGUACUCUACUCUGGAACAGUGUCAUGUCCUGGAGAUACUUUCCAUUGACCUGUUGGAGACAGAAGAGGAACCCUUUGAAAGGCCGCCACUAGAAGAACCUCUUUCCCUCACAGCUUGUCCUGACUUGUCCCAGUACACCGGACCCGCUUACUACGCUGCAGACAUCAUUACAGGUCGACCAGUUCAUUCGAUCAAGCUUACACAGACACCUGAACACGCAGAACAACAUCCCGGAUGUAUUGACUGGAUUAGGGAACAUUUUACAAAAGGGACGGUGCCUGUGAGAAGCUUCGAUAUUCCUCGUUGGGAUGCGUCUGCAUGUGAAGAGACAUUUCCGACGCUGUUUAUGGAGUUUAAGAAUCUAGAGUCGUUGCGGAUUGUUAUUGAUCCAAUCCUUUUGGCUGACGCAGGCAAUCAUGAUGAUGAACCAGGGAGAUCCGGAAGAUACAACGCCUGGCAUUACCUCAAUAUCCUCCAUCUUCUCAGUGGUCCUCUCCCGUAUGAGAUUCCAUCGACCUUGCGAGUUUUGGAGCUAGUCACGGAAACUAAAUACGAAAGGCACCCGACUCACACUUUCGACCAAGUCGUAACGGCGCUUAGAAACUCUCCCCAAUUCGCCAAUCUGCGAAAGUUAACUGUUGGGACUGAGCAGUGCUUUCAGACGUGGCAGAGAUCGGAUGCUGGAAUAUGGGAUAUGACACAGCGUAAAGUCUACGAAUUUGACUUUGAUGGAGAAGAACUGAGAGAAAGCGAUUUUGAGGACGACGUGUACGACGAAGGAAGUGAAAUGUAUGAAUGA